AUGAGCGACGAGACUUUCUCAGGGAAUGUUCUUGCUCGAAAUACGUUACACUCCCUCUCGGAUGCGUGUGGCCGUUCUGUCAGCCUUAUGAAAGAUUUCCACGAACAGUCGUGCAUGAGGCUUUACAGCUUAAUCAACGCUUUUCUCAAAAAUGAGUUGGUGAAGGUGCAAGAAGCUCGCGUUCAUUUCGAUUCAAUGUCUAAUAGUAUGGAUGAGGCGCUGUCGCGUAAUGCGGCUUCGACUCGAGCUCGUCCAUCAGAUGCUGCGGAUGGUCGCAAUGCUCUUACGGCGGUCGGAGCUUGUUUUGCCCAUACAACAAUGGACUAUGUGGCGCAGAUAAAUAUCGCUCACGCACAAAAGGAUCAUCUCAUUGUUGAUGCGUUAUGGUCGUUCGUUCGCGAGACGUCUGCAUAUUUCUCACGCGGACACGCUGUUUUUGACGACUGGACUGCUCAUGAUAACGGAGCUGUGGCUGAUUCUAUCACAGCCCUGGCUGCUAAAAGCAAGUUGGUACAGCGCAAGAUGCAGGAUAUACACUCACUUGUACCGAAGGUAGUGGUUGUUUUUUUGUGGAUACUCGCCGUAAACCACGGUUGCCCAUUCGAAACGCGUAGACAUAGAAUGAUAAGUGGACGAAAAGUUCCGCUCAAAAUGCAAGGAUAUCACUCGAAAACUCUGGCAAGCUUAAUCUGGACUGCUAGUUCGACUUUUUAUUGUUUCGACGGAAUUCCCGAUACGCCUGCGAUCAAGGUGUACGAACGCAUCAAUACUUCUACUAUCUCUACGAAUUCUUUGGCACCUAUCAGCAAAAAGCUUUCAAAUGUGUCUACGGGUUCGAAAAAGAGCACGAUGUCGCUGCUCGGCGGGUUCAGCUAUUUGUCAGGUGACAGCCCACUGCCUGACCGUCCGCGUUCAAAAUCGAUCCCGAAUGACCGCGGUGAACCGGAACGCUCGGAUUCGUGGAAAGAUGUUACCAAAGCUGAUAAAUCGAGAGCAAAGUAUAAACUAAGACGUCGUCCGGGUAUGAAAAUUGUGCCGCGCAAGAAGGAAUCUGCACAGUUUUACACCACUGAUGAGCCAGUUACUCCUAUUCAUCUACCUCAAAGUGAGAUGUUCCAACACUUCUCUGGAAUGCCUCCUGAUCCCGACGUGAUGAUGGAGGGCUAUUUGUAUAAACGCUCAUCGAACGCCUUCAAAACUUGGAAUCGGCGGUGGUUUCAAAUAAAGGAUAACAAACUGGCAGCUCGUCCUAGUUCAUCCAGCAAAUCGGACAACCGCAGUGUAACUGCUCCUGUUGGCGGCGUUCCUCACACGGGUGUUAUUUCCUCCCCAACAGUAUCGGACAGCGCCACCACUUUCGAACAAAUCCGCCGAGUGCCGGGCAACGAAAGAUGUGCUGAUUGCGGGUCAGAGCAACCCAAAUGGGUUAGCAUCAACCUUGGGGUUAAUGCAAUAUACCUCGCCCACCUCCCUGAAAAAGAUGUUGUUCCGCCACCUGCAACGGAUAAUUCAAGUCGACAGAUACGUGAAGCCUGGAUCAAAGCGAAGUAUGUUGAGCGACGUUUUGCUGUCUCCUCUAGCGAUCGAGCGCGAAGCAGUGCUAUGCUUCGAAAGGAACAUUUACUUUCCAGGCAUCGCCUAAAUGUCUGUAGUUCUGGGAAUGGAGUCCAACGGUCUGCGUCUUAUGUUGAUGUUAUGGAUGCCGACAGCAUUCGUGAUGGUGAAAUCAAUGCAGAAGUUAAUGUGGAAUCCAAUGAUCGGGACAUCAUAAGUGAAUCCGCACGUUGUGGUGACGUACUCGGCUUGCUUCGUUCCCUUGCUGGUGGUGCGGACAUCAAUUCUGCUCGCAGUGGUACUACAGCACUACACAUUGCUACGAAGAAUGGUCAGACGGCUGCUGUUGAAUUUUUGUUGUUGAAUGGCGCAAAAAUCAACGUGCUCGAUGACAAGUUGAACACUCCUCUUCACCUGGCUGCUGCAAAAGGGAACACUCUGCAAGUGUGCCAGCUUCUCAAGCGAGGGGCAGACAAGUCGCUGAAAAAUGCCGACGGAGUGACACCACUGGAGAUUGCGGUGGAAGGCAAACAUGCGGACAUUGUCACAUUGUUCCGCGUGCACACUAUGCGAGACGAAUUUAACGAGGAGUUCAAUAAUCCCAUGGAUGACACAGUCGACAGCGUGAUUUCCGAUAUCACUCGCAAGGCUGCUGUGAGCAAAAGCUCAUCUGGUUGA